AUGUCGCUGUCUCGUUCAAAUUCAUCAGCAAAAGAAAAAGUCAGGCCAGCAGACAUACCCUCAUUUUUAGGAUUUAACCCUACAACGUGUCCUUAUCCAUCAAAUGUUGAUAUAAACCGAUAUGCGUUCGAGAUUUUCUUCGAGAACUCACUUAAACCAGAAAUAGGCAAGUUCGCAUUAAAUUCAGAUCAUAUAGAACACGGUUUUCAGAUUUACGCAGAAAAAUCUCAGGAGUUUCCUAAGCUAAAGUUACUAAUUAAUCAUCUUUUCCUCUUUGCAUUUACAGAAAUACUAUUUGCUGACGGGGCUGCGCGUGCUAACAUCUUUCUUGAACGUCAGCAAGCAAAUUGUACCCUUUCUCAAGAAGAAAUUCGUCAAUUAUUUGAUCUCAAUCCAGAAUUCACAGAUUCUAUCACUACUAUAUUCGAUCACCUUGUUGCACCAAUAGACAUCAAUUUUGAUACAGAUUUCUUCAAUAAUAUCAACAAAAUUUUUGAUUCAGCUCCGGCUGUUUCAUUCCUUCUACGACAUUUCUUACAUGAUGAGAAUUCAAAUGUCAUCCAAGCCCCUGAAUCAAAAGUCGCUCCUUACAAUCAAUUAAAUUUGAUGGUUCAAGACGACAAACUACCACAAUAUUAUACAGAAACAUCAUCACCAAACAUACAGCAACACACAACACCGUUCGCAGAAUUCAGAAUGGUUCGAAAUUACCCGACAAUUUACAUAAGUCAGCCAAAGUACAUUCCACCACCUCUUCCUUCACUUUCUUGCAUUCACAUACCAAAGUAUGCUGACUUUGCCGCAGUUUCGAAGACCUCUACCGCUGCAGUUUUUUCAUCAGAUUGCCAAUUAUUUUAUGUGAACGAGUUAUCAGAAAUUACAGAGCUUAUUCCUCAUUCAGAGACUAUUACUGCCCUCUACCUCUCAACAGAUGGCAAAUGGGUCCUUUCUGGAGACUCAUCCGGCGGAAUUCUUCUUCAAUCCAUCGACAAGAAGCAGCAUAUGUGGUACGAACCAGCAAGAAGCCUCAUAACAUGCAUUGCCUCAGCACCAGCGUUCCUCCACCAGUUUGCCGUCGGAUUAUUAAAUGGAACAGCUCUUCUUUACGACGUUUCCUUGAAAUCUCCCAUCAGAAUGUUCAUUGGCCACACAAUGCCGAUCAGCUGCAUCGAUGUCCACAGCAACAGCGAGUUCAUAGCAACAAGCAGCAGCGAUGGAUACGUCAGAAUUUGGUCGGCCACUCGUGGUGAAUGUGUCAGACUUUUCAAGGGUGCAGGGCUAUCUCCUACUACUGUUAAGUUCAGCCAUGGAGGACACUGGCUGUUCUCUAGCGCUGCUUCAGGAGAAAUAUCAAUAACAAAACUAGGAGAUGGAAAAGUUUUCAAACACAGAAAACUCUCUGCAGGACUUGUUUGCGCUGAUUUCUCUCCUGAUGAUGAAGUUGUCGCUGGAUUUGAUGGAUACGGAAACUUCAUGAUGUGGGAGACAAAGGAAAUGCAGAACGAAUCUCCUGAAUCAAUAAGAAUUGAUAGAACAAGAAUUAUUGCAAUGGAGUUCAUUAAUUCAUCUGAAAUUAGAAUUGUUGGUUGCCAAAAAUAA